GGUUGAGUAAUGCGAGUUGGGUUUUUUUUAUUAACACCCCUAACCGAGUCUGCCAUCUCUUAAUGACUACUAACGAGUAACCACCAGCCAGGCUGCGGAAUUCACAACCCGAGAUCAUCCCGGAACUUUCACGAUCAUCGCUUAAUCUUCGUCAACAUCAAGAUGAUGAUUUCACGAAUCAGUCGUUCAAUUUCCAGAUCGUCACGGUCUUCACUUUUGAACGCUGUUACUGGUUGUGAUGGAUAUGGCGCUAGAAUUGCAUCUCAAUCUGGCGUGUUUGCAUCGCACUCCGAAUCUGGGCUAGGAUUUUUCAAUUCUCACUUUUCAUCAGUUGGUGCUGCUAAACAAGUCGCUCCUUCGUUUUCGCCUUUAUCAAACCCCAAUCUUGUUAACCCUAGCUUUUCCAGGUGCAUCUCUACUGAUAGUUCAAUUAAACAAAAUUAUGAGAUAAAGGAGGGUAUGGGGGAAAAUAAGAAUGUCCUUCGUCCAUUAUCUCCUCAUCUUCCUGUUUACAAGCCGCAGUCUCACUCUACUAUGUCAAUUUUGAAUAGAGUGUCAGGAAUGUACUUGACGGGUAUGUUGGUGGUGUUCCAUCUCGCUUACCUAAAGGCUGGCGCAAUUUGUUUCACCUAUCCAAUUUUUUAUCAGGCGGUCUUUUAUUCGUCAAAGCUUACUCUAGUAUCUCUUGAGGUUGCUGCCCUCGCUUUUGCUUACCAUUUCUAUUAUGGUAUUCGUCAUUUGAUGGAGGAUUAUUCAGGACUUACGAUCCUUAAAAGAAUGAUCAAGUGAAAAUGAUGGGAUGUCUAGAACUACUUCUUUACCUUUUGUUUUCAGAAAAUAAAAUGAAGUUUCUGUUCUUGCGGAAUUUGAGAAGUGCUUGGUCUUUUGGAAUGCUUGUAGUGUUAUCUUUGAAGUCACCUACAUUAAGCUCUAUUUUGGCCUUUUGUAUAACUCCAUUUGAUCCUCUAGUUACCUUUUAGAUAUGAAAUUAUGAACACUUGUUCUUUUCCCUUA